ACUGCACAGAAAGGUAGUUUGUUUUAUUUAUUUUUGUUGUACUAGGUGUUUGUUUGUUUUUUUUUUUUAAUGGGGAAAACUGUGAAAUCCACAUGAAUUGAAUAACCUCUUCCGGUGUUUAUUGGCUAUACACCAGUUUCAUUUUUUUUUAUGUCGGGAGUGAUGUUUUAUUAUAAAACUGAAAAUCGGAAGCCUUAAUUGUAGAUUAUGCUCAUUGUAAAUACAUACCACCCUUACAUGGGCUCAUCCUAAGGGAUACAAUAAAAUGCAUUACGAUCAAAGUGAUUGCUGCAAAUUGUAGAAUUUUUGUUCUCUUGAAAAACAGGAUUACUUUUUUUCCCUCACAACCGUGUAGACCUCAAUAACGACCCCUAAUAUCGCACACCACAUCAAAAUCCAGAACACCUGUGUUUUUUUUUUCUUCAAAUUGCUCUUCCUGCAGUCAACGGAGGACACACCUUGUCCUCAAACCCCAGUGCACCGGAGCUGACAUGCUGAAAAGAGCUUUGAAAUAGACGAAACUUAUACGUGUAAGAAGUUGCCAGGAUGUAAACAGUGAAAGAAAAAUUACAGUUCCAUGCAGUGUGCUGGAGAGGUGGACAUACAUUCAGAAAACGAGGCAAGAAAGUGUUCUUUCCCUUAAGGGCCAAGAUAAAAAUGGUGCAGGAGGAAUAUGACAAGUAUGGAAUUCAUAUUCGAGUGAAGUUUCGCAGCAGCACCCAGCUCCAUGAGCUCACUCCAUAUCAUCAGAGCGGCGGCGAGCGCAGUGUUUCCACCAUGCUGUACCUCAUGUCGCUGCAGGAGCUCAACCACUGCCCUUUCCAGGUAGUGGAUGAAAUUAAUCAGGGUAUGGACCCAAUUAACGAACGGACAAAUUCGUAGAGCCAUUGAAAAGACAGCAAUCCUCAACUGGGAUCCAUUGUUCUGUUGUAUUGAUUUUGUUUGUAGAAUAAAUAGUCUCCAUAUUAAAAGUACCACAUAUAAAUGUAUUUGUACAAGAAAAUUAUGAAACCGUUUCUGUUCUUGUUUUGUGUGCUAUGCAUACAAACUUGUACGAUAUUUUGCAUUAAAA